AUGGAAUCAUCAUGUGGUAUUCAAUUGAAUAUUAAUGAAAAUUGUUCAUUAUCCACAACAAUAAUAACAACAACAAAUGACAAUAAAAAACGAUCAGUAGCACACCAAUUAAUUAACGUUAGUGAAUUAGAACGUCAAGAAAAUCGUCAAAGAUUUGGUGACUUAUUAGAUGCUGCAUAUUUUUUACUUAAAUAUGAACUUCCUCAUACAAUAUUAUAUGCACCAAUACUGGAAUUAUUAUCAAAAAUUGACCAUAGUAAAAAAUUAUCAAUAUUUUUCGAUAAAUGUCAAAAGAAUGCCACCUAUGAUAGCACAACAACACAUGUGAAGAGUUUAGAACCAAUUCUUGAAGCACUUUCAAUAUUUUUGAAGUCCAUACAAACGAAAAAUGCUGAUUUUAAUCAACUUGAACAAUCAAUGCUUGGAACAUUGUUACGAUUAGAAGAAUUGAAAGACAUCAAUAUUAUUGAACAUAAACAAAUAUUUGAGAUUGUUGAUAAAAUAAAGACAUCAUCACCUAAUAAUCAUAAUCGUAACCGUAUAACACGUUCAACAACAAGAAGAAAUGAAAUUAGUUUAGAAGAACUAUUUGAUGAUAAAAUAGUCGAAUUUAUUGAUAAAAUUAUAUCAAAUAUAACAGCUCAAUUUGAAUCAAAUGUAUUAAAAUUCCUCAAUUGUUUUCGUAUAUUUGAUGUAUCUGAAAAAGUAUUUCGCAAAUAUUUAUAUGCACAAAAACAACAACAAUUAUCUACAAUUUUAACACAACGACAACAAUGUAAUAAUUUAGUUAAAAAUGGAAUGACAAGAGACAUGUAUCCACAAUUAUCAUUAGCUGCUGAAAUAUUUUUAUGUGCACCGGUUAGUACAGCAACAGCCGAACGUGAUUUUAGUACAAUGAAUAUAAUAUUAACUGAUCUACGAAAUCGUUUAACAACAGAACAUUUAGAACAAUUAAUGAGAAUAUCAUAG